AUGCGGCUUCUCGCGGAGCAGCUUCCGUCUGGGGCCCCUGCGCUGAUCGUUGGGCACCUUGCGUCGGUCACCAUGGUGCAUCUUAGCCACUGGAAGAGCAUGGGAUCGCUCUGGGCAUCAAGAACGAGAUGCUGGGGUUUGUUGAUGCCUUUACGCAAUGAGAUGGCUCAAGAUGCCUCGUGAUUGACGUUGACAGGCAGAGGACUCUUGCUUGCUACUGUACAGCAGGUCACAUCCCCAACGGCAUGCAUCGGCACUGUGGUCGUACGUUGGGUAGAGUAUUCUUUUUGGCUAUAGUCAGCCUUGUAACUCACGCUAAUAUCAAUCGGGCCAGGGUGGUGGAGUGGUUAACACGUACCCCUGCUAAGGGUAUCUCUCCGGAGGCGCAAGUUCGAAUCUUGUCCUGGUCGAAUCUUUUGAUUUUUGCUCUCAGAUUCCCAUGUCACUCAUGUUCCAACACUGGAUAAGUCAUGGUUCUCUCAUUCUGUUGGUAUGGCGGCUGGUAGACAGGGCUCUACUAUCUUGGCCCUGGUUGCAGGCACCUCUCCAGCUAGGCACAAUGGGCUCGGUCUGGGUCGGGUUUCUCAUGUUCAACGUUUGGAGCAUUGUAAAUAUCCAAGCAACUCAUCCAAGCAACUCACGGCUUCCUCCAUGUGUUUGGGCGCCGAGUGACAUGCGCGGAACUAGAGCAUGCCAUGACCCGCCAACGACGAACUUACCCCAACGGCACAAGCCGCCGCGCCGGCAAAACGCGGCCCCUCGACUUACACUGGGUUACAACGUCUCACUUCUGUUACACCCUA